UAAUGAGAUAAUUUAUAUCAAAAAAUCCAGCAACAAAAUAGGUAUUAGGAGAAUUUAAGUUUCUAAGUGAUCAAGAAUUAAAUCACAUAAUACAAUAAUCAAAAGAAGGAUUUUAAAUCAACAAGAAUAGUUCAUUUUAAAUAAAAUCAGAGAAAUUAUUGAAGUUGGCAGAUUUAUUAGGUUAGAAUUAAGAAAAAUAUUCCAAAUUGAUAUCUUAUGAAAUAGGGAAACCAAUAUAAUAAUCAAUGGCUGAAGUAAAGAAAUCAUAAAAUUAUUGUAAAUACUAUGCUGAAAAUAUAAAUAAAUAUUUAUAGCCUUAAAGAGUUAAAACAGAGGCAAAGAAUAGUUAUGUACAAUAUUCACCAAUAGGUACAAUCUAUUCAAUAUCUCCAUUUAAUUUUCCAUUUUGGUUAUGUAAUAAAAAGUGUUAAAUUUAGGUUUUAAGCCAAUUAUACCUAUGCUAGUAAUUGGUAAUGCAGUAAUUCAUAGACCAUCUGAUUCUACUGGUCUCUGUGGUUUAGCUCUUUAGGAGCUGUUUACAUCUGCAGGAUUUGAUGGAAAUGUAUUUUAGAAUGCAUUUACAACUCCUUAAUAAUUAGAAUAAGUGAUGGCACAUCCUUAAAUAUAAGGUGUAUCAUUUACUGGUUCUACAGCUGCAGGUUCAAUAAUAGGAGCUACUGCUGGUAAAUAUUUAAAGAGAAGUGUUUUGGAAUUGGGAGGAUCUGAUCCAUUUUGUGUAUUAUAAAAUGCAAAUGUUGAUUUGGCAGUUCAAUUAGCUCUUAAAUCAAGAGUAGCUAAUUGUGGAUAAGUAUGUUUUUCAGCAAAAAGAUUCAUAAUUCAUUUUCAAUAUUAUGAUAUAUUUAAAGAAAAAUUAGUGAAUGCUUUGGAGAAAUUGAAAAUUGGUGAUCCUUUACAAGAAAAUACAGAUUUAGGUCCUAUGGCUAGAGAAGAUUUAAUUAUAAAUAUUUAAAAUUAGAUAAAGAAGGGAGUGGAUGGAGGUGCAAAAAUAGUUUAUGGAGGUAAUAGAUUAAAGGAUAAUGAGAAUUUUAUGAUGCCAACAGUAAUUGAAAUAGAUGAAUAGAAUGUAUUGGCAAAAGAAGAAACAUUUGGUCCAUUAUUUAGUUUAAUAAAAGCUAAUAGUAAUGAUGAAAUCUUAAGGAUUGCAAAUAAUACAUCUUAUGGAUUAGGUGCAGUAGUUAUUAGUAAUGAUAAGAAAGAGAUUGAAUAAUUUGUUAAUCAUCUAGAAGCAGGAAUGGUAUUUGUAAAUGAAAUAGUCAAAUCAGAUUAAAGAUUACCAUCUGGAGGAAUUAAAGGAUCUGGAUAUGGAAGAGAAUGUGGUGAAUGGGGAAUUUAGAACUUUGCUAAUAUUAAGACAGUUUGGAUUGAAUGAAAAUUAUUCACAUUUAUAUAAAUAAGAAAUUAAAAUGAAAAAUAAAAGAUCAUUAAUAUAAGAAUAAUAACCAGAUCAUGAUACAAUUAGAAGACAGAAUGAAAUUACACUAUAACCUACAAUUCAAGUUUAUAAGAUGUAUACUUAAUUACAUACAGCAGCUUAAGCUGAAUAAGUGGCUGAUUCUCUUUCUACAAUAGAAUUUAUGUAAAAACAAUGUGAUAAGAAUAUGAAAGUUAGAGAGUUUGCUAUGUAUGCUGCUUAGUUUUUUAAAUAUGAAAACUACAAUUUUGGUUAAGCAAUAAUGAAUUAAGGAGAAUAUGGAGAUAGAUUUUAUAUUCUGUUACAUGGUGAGGUUGGUGUUUAUAUUAAAAGAUCAGUUGAAGAUAUCGAACAAGAAUUAGAUUUCAUUACUCAAUAAAGUAGUGAAACAAAUAUAGGUGGUAAUCUAUUAAAGAAAAAGAAAACUAUUCAACUUCCUUAAUUUAAUAGAUUUGAUUUGGCUCUUAGAAUGUUAAAAGAGAAUCCAAUAUAUUUUAAUAGUGAUAUCCCAUUAUUUAAGAAAGUAUGGUAAUAUUAUUCUGGUUAAUGUUUUGGUGAUUAAGCAUUAAUACAUGAUCAACCUAGAUCUGCUAGUGUUAUUGUGGUAUCUGAAGAAGCACAUUUAAUUUCUAUGAAUAAACAUGAUUAUAAAUUAGUUUGUGAUAAAUAGAUUUAAGAAUAAAAUGUUAAAAUUGAAUACUUUAUGAAAUUAUUUAAUGGAGCUUCUAAAUUUACUGUUUCUAAAUUUAUAUAAAAUUUAAGAACAAUUAAUUUUGCAUCUUAAACUAUUUUAUGGAAAGAAGGUGAAGAACCUAAAUUUUAUUUUCUAAUUCAAAAAGGAAGAGUUGAACUAUUUAGACAUAUUUAAGAAGAUACAAAUACAUAAUCAAAUACAAAAAAAAAAAAAAAAAUUGUUUUAAGUUAAUUGUCAGACAAUGCUUUUGUUGGUUAAGAAGAAAUAAUUGAUUCUUUGCCAUAAAGAUUAUAUUCAUGUCAAGUAUUAGAUAACACUAUUGCAUAUUAUAUGGAAGCAACAGAAUUCAAUAAUUUAAAAAAAAACUUUCCAGAUAUUGUUAAAUUAUUAAAAGAUAAAAGUAAUCUAAUUUAAGAAUAUAUGUCUAAUAGAUAAGCCAAAAUUAUUUCUAUCUUAUAAUAACAUGACAAAGCAUAAAAUUCAUAAUCUUAACAAUUAUAAAUUACAGAAAGAAAAACUAUUCAAGAAAUCUUCAAAAAUCCAGAUGAAAGACCAGAUAAAAAUGAUAUUAGAUCUUAAAAACCAAGAGUCUUAUUAUAAUCAGAAAUUGCUCAUUAAAAUAUGAUUUAUCAUCUUAAAAAAUUGCCUAAUGAUCCAAAAACUAAAUUUUUAAUGCUUGAUAAAGAAAUGAUUGAUCAAAUCAGAGAUAGAGUUUCUAGAAAAAUAUAAACUAAUGCUGAAAAGAAAAUAAGAAUCAAAACUACAUCACUUGAUGAUAAUCAAAUUUUAAUUAAUAGAGUUCAAAGUGCAGCCAGUACUAAAUCUAAGAAAUUAAAAAGAUUUGAUAAUCUUGAAACUGUACUUUAAAUUACUUCUUCAGAACCAAACAUAAUAUCACCAAAUUUUGCUACAUCUUCAACUACAUCAAUACCUAUUGUUUAAAGAGCAUGGAAUCCUUUAAGUAAAUAAUUAAAAGCUAGAAUGCGCAAAACUAUGAGUUGUAUGUUCAGUCGAAACACUAUACCUACAAGACAAACUGAAUCUGAUGAAAUUUUUUCUUAAUUUACUUAACCUGUUAGAAUUCAUACUGGAAAAUCUCAUAGUCGAAAAAUGUAUCAAUUUAAAUCAAUAUUUAGAACUUCCUCUAUUGGUUCGCGCAAAAAAAGUGCCUAAUAUCACAGUUUUAUUUGA